ACCCGAUUCUUCAAAUUCAAGGCAGCCCUCCUAAUUUUAAGAUUAAAAGAGUUUUUUUUUUUUUUUUGGAUAUUAAUACUUUUAAUAGCCUGUACCGUUAGAUUCACAGCAACGCCUUAUUAUCGAAGUAUAAAUAUACACACAGUAGAGAGAAAAAAGCAGUAAAUUUAAGAUAGAGAAACGGGCACUUUUGGUAAGGUCCACGGACGCUUUCAGCCCUCAUUCAAUGCUUUACCGAACUCACCACCCCUCCUUUUUCUUCCAAUUGCAGGCCUUUACCUCUCCCAUCCCUCCCUCUGCAACCACCUCUGUUUCUUUCCCAACCUAUCCUCGUGUUCAGGCUGAAACGGAAAUGGAAUGUGCGGAAGCCGCGCUGAAGCACAGUUUCAGGAAGGAUUUGGCCGUGAAAUCGUUCCCACAAGCGGUUUCGGAUGACUCGUGGGCCGUGAAUGGGCAAAAUGGCGCGGCUUGUGACGACUUUUUCGUGGACGAACUCCUUGACUUGUCUAACGAAGAUGGGUUUGUGAAAGAAGAGCCGGUAGAAGAAGAAGAAGAGGAGGAGGAAGAAGAAAAAGAAGAAGAUAAGGGCCUUGGCUCUGUUUCCGCCCAACAAGACCAAGAAAACUCCAACAUAAAAAAAAGCGUCACUUUCUCUGCCAAAGACGAGUUUGGCUCCGUACUCAGCGUUCCGGCCGAUGAUGUAGCGGACCUGGAAUGGCUCUCCCAUUUCGUCGAGGAUUCUUUCUCGGAAUUCUCUGCACCCUACCCUACCGGAAUAUCAACUGAGAAGCCCAAGACCAUCGUAGCGCCUGAACCGGAACCCCAGCCGGAAAGAACGUGUUUCAAGACUCCGGUUCCGGCUAAGGCCAGAAGCAAGCGAACCAGAACCGGCGGCCGAGUCUGGUCUUUUGGGUCCCCUUCGCUCACCGAGUCGUCCUCGAGUUCGACCACUUCAACCUCUUCUUCGUCCCCUUCGACGGCGUGGCUCCUCCACGCCAACAUGGCCCAGAAUUUGGACCCGGUCAAGCUGCCAGCGAAGAAGCAGAAGAAAAAACCGGCGGCAGAGGCCGGUUCGGCACCGGCCCAGCCGCCUCGGCGGUGCAGCCAUUGCGGCGUCCAGAAGACCCCGCAGUGGCGAACCGGUCCGCUCGGGCCUAAGACCUUGUGCAACGCUUGCGGGGUCCGGUUCAAGUCCGGCCGGCUCCUGCCAGAGUAUCGACCCGCUUGUAGCCCAACUUUCUCGAGCGAGGUCCACUCCAACCAUCACCGGAAAGUGCUGGAGAUGCGGCGCAAGAAGGAUCAGUUGGGCGCGACCGACUCCGGUUUGGCUCCUACGGUUGCCUCCAGUUUUUGAAAAAAAAAAAAAAAAAAAAAUCUGGUUAGAAAACAAUUGAGUUAGGGAACAGAGAAGAUAGGACAAGGAACCGGGGACGACAGAGAGUGAACCCGGUUCGAACGGGCCCUAGUUAGUGUACAUUUUUUCCGUGGUGGGUGAGUUAGGUUGUCUUUUAGGCCUGUAACUUGUUAGGAAGACUUUAAUGUGUACUUUUUUCUUUCUUUCUUUUUUUUUUUUUAAUUUUUUUUAGUGAAUUUUCUGUUUCAGACAA